AUGGAUUCAAUUGUUAUAACUGACGAAUUUUCAAAAUUGCUUUACCAGUAUCUGUGGAGUCCAACUUCUAUUUCUUUCGGUAGUUUGAUGGCACGUUUGAAACUAAUGCCCUCUCAAUCUGAAAAUUGGCUUUAUAUUCAAUGUGACGGAAAAUACAUCAUCAAGUAUCCUAGGAACGGAAUAAUAGUAUGGUUGGUUUGCCUGGAACAUGAUCCAUUUGUAUAUGCCCUGUUUGUGGAUACAUUUGUCAAGGUACUCGAAGAAUAUAUUGGCAAACCAACAGCCGCUACAAUCAAAUCUCAUUCGGAUACCAUAUCUCUGUUGCUACUUGAUAUGGCUGAUGGAGGCUUUCCCUUCAUAAUUGAUGAUAAUCAGAUCAAAGAUUUGAUGCCAAAUAAAUCUAUUAUGGAUAAAAUUUUAUCUUCUACAAAACAACUCACGAAGACAGCGAAUAACUCAUUGAAUAGAAAUGUUGCAUUUAAUACCUUUGCUAAUCAGCCUUCUAUGUGGUCCAGAUCCAACUAUUCAAUUCCCUGGAGAAGAAGCAAAGUUUACCAUACUAACAACGAAAUACUUAUUGACAUUGUUGAGGAAUUAAGCAUGAUUACAUUGGCACACAAUGGCACUAAAGAUGACUCAAAUUCUUCCGCAUUUUACAGUUCUGCCGUUCGACAUUCAAAGAGGAUGCCCUUAGUGUCUAAGAUCACCGGUAAAAUUUUAGUAAACUCACAUCUAAGCGGAAUUCCUCACAUAAAUCUAAGGCUGAACUUGAAGCAUAAUCAGCUAAGCUGUCCUUCCUUUCAUCGAGCAGUAGAUAUACCAAGAUGGAACUCAUCGUCCGGUUUAAUAUCAUUUGUUCCUCCAGAUGGAGUUUCAACACUGGUAUCCUAUGUUACUGAUCUUGAUAGACACCAGGAUUUUGUAGACGUGCAGUACGGUUUUUUUCAAGGGAAACGGUCGAACGAGUUUGAAAUACGGCUAACAACUCUCAGCUCAUCCAGGGUUAAUACUAUAGAGAAUCUGAAACUGGAGAUUCACCUUCCAAGAGAACGCGAAUAUUCGGUGAAGGUUCUACGGUGCACUCAUGGAGACUUGCAACUGUCACGUAAGAAUCGAUAUUAUGAGUGGAUUUUUGCCAAAGAGGUUCCAACUGGUAUAACAGCUACAUUCAGAGGGUCUUUGGUCGAUGGUUCGGAUCCAGUCGUAGACAAGCUUCGACCUAGUUAUUUGCAACUGUCGUAUGAGAAUAAGCAUUCUCUUUUGACCGGCUUAGAAGUACGGUCGAUAGAAAUCGAAAAAAUUGAGGGGCUCAGCAAUCAGGUAAAGCCUUACAAAGGAGCUAAAUACAUAUCCCGAGUCACUCAUUUGAUACGAUGA